AUGUUAGAUGAUGAAGAAGAUUAAGUAAUAAUAGUUGAUGAGGAAUCCCCAGGGUAAAAAAGUAGUAAGCAAAAAUCUAGGAAACAACUAGAAAAAUAAUAGAAUAAUAUUGAUAAAAUUUUAAAUGGAAAUAAUCCAUUAAUACAACAAAUAAAAAUAUGUGAAUAGGCUGUUUAAUAGAGAGUUCAUAUAGAUUAGUUUAUAACUAGAUUUUCUAAGGAUUAGAAUAGUGUAAUAAUAAAUAUAAUUUAAAUUUCUAGGCAUUAUAAUAUUUGAUUGAUAAUUAUAUUAUUGAGAACAAUAAUUAAGAUAUUGCUAAAAUACUUAUGAAUACAGAUGGAUUGAAUAAGGAUGCAAUAAACAAAUUUUUUUGUAAGCCAGAUCUAAAGAACCAAGAAAUAUUAGAGGCUUAUUGCCAACUUCUUAAUUUAAAAGGGAAAAGUUAUUUAGAUGCUAUGAGAUUAUUAUUGUAGAGAUUUAGAUUAGCAGGAGAAGCAUAAAUGGUAGAUAGAGUAGUCAAAAUAUUUGCAAAAGUUUAUCAUUAAUAAAAUCCUAAUGAAUUUAAGUCAUAUGAUAUACCCUAUGUAUUAGCUUACUCAUUUAUAAUGUUAUCUACUGAUGUUGGUUCAACUAAAAUCUAACCAAAAAAUAAGAUGACAAAGGAGUAAUUCUUAAAGAAUAACAUUCAAGUAUUUCCAGAUAUAUCACCUAAAUAUUUUGAGGAGGUAUAUGAUUCGAUAAAGAAAGAACCCUUUUAAACCACAUUAGAUUAUUUAGAAUAGAUGUAUAAUCGUAUGAUUCUAUGUAAUGAGAAAUUAUAAGGAGAAUAAAUAACUAAAUGGUUGUAAGUAGCAUUUGAUUUAAUGAAUGGAUGUAAUUUGGUUAAAUAUGGAAGAUACAAUGGUGGAUAACCAAGGAAGUUCUUCUUAAGCAGUGAUGAAAAGUAUUUAAUAUAUGUAAUUAAUUAAGGCGUAUAUGUUGGAGAUCAAUAGAUAAUGAUAAUGAACCAGCAAGAUAUAUUAAUAUGUGUGAUGUGCAUGAUAUAGCUUUGGGACACAAUACAACUCGAAUUAUGAUUAAGAAUAAUAUACCUCCAGAAUUUGAUAUGUUUUGUUUUUCAAUCAUUACAAUACAUAGAUCAGUUGAUAUAAAAGUAAAUGAUUUGUAAAUUAAAUCAAAAUGGAUUAAUUAUUUAAGAGCUGUUAUUAUUAAUCGUAGAGAGAUGGAAGCCAAAAGAGCAGAAGAAAAAUAAAGAAGAUAAGAGAAUGAAGAAAAGAGAUCAGAAAUAUGGAAAAAUGAUAUUUUACCUUUUUGGCGUUCACAUUGGGAUUAUGAACCUAAUAAACCUUUAAAUUAUAAGAAAUAUAUUAGUAUAAAAAAAGAAGAAGCUGUUUAAAAAGCAUAAAAUCAAGCUAAUUCUGCUAGUGUUUUAGAGAGUUUAUGUCGUUGUCUUAAAAAAACUAUUUAAUUAAAUCCUAUUUAAAAUAGAUAACAAAUAUAAAACUAACAUUAUAGUAAUCAAUCUGAAAUCAAUAAUGGUGGCAAUAUUUAAUAGUAAAUGAUGGUAGAAGGAAAGAAAAAUAAAUCAGUUUUACUAAUGAUAUUAUGGAAACUUGGAUUGCCUGAUUUUGCAAGGAGAACUCUAUGGCCUAUCAUUAUUGGUAAUAAUCUUAAGAUCAGAUAAGAACUAUAUACUAUACUUGUUAGAAAAACUAUAGUUAUUGAAGAAGGUAUAAUUAUCAUCAUUAUUUUUAGCUAUUAGAGUAGAUAUUUAAAGAGCUAAACAAUAAUAUCCUUUCAUUACUGAUGUCAAAGCUAAAGAAUUAUCAAAUAUUUUGCAUGCUUUUAGUUUUUAAAGACCAGAUUAUGGAUAUAUAUCAGAUUUAAUUGAUAUUGCAGUAGUUCUUAUCAAACAUUUAUAAGAAUAUGAUUGUUUUUAAGCCUUGGUCAAUCUACUUCAUUAAUAUCAUUUCUUAAGUGUUUUUUAAAAUGAUACUAGAUAAAUUGAAUAAAGAAUAAAAUUUUUUGAAGAGAAUUUAAAAAGAAUUUUACCUUUUGUAUACAAUCAUCUUAAAGCUAUUAAAUUAGAAACUAAAUUUUAUUUAAUGAAAUGGUUCUUAAAAAUAUUUAUACAUUAAUUUAAAUUUCCAAUGCUUUCAAGGUUAUGGGAUAAUUUCUUAUUGGAAGGAGAAAUCUACUUAUUUAAAGUAGGAAUUUGUUAUUUGAAAUAUUUUUAAAUAGAAUUAAAAGUAAGAAUUAACAUUAUAUUUUAGAUGAGUAAUUUGGAUGAAGUUGUAAGAAUUUUAACUAAUUGGUAACCAGAUGUGAAUGAGGAUUACUUUUUCAUAUAAAUUGAUGAAAUACCAAUUAAGGAUGAUGAUUAUACUAAAUUUUUGGAAUAAUAUAAAGCUGCAGAAAUAAAUAAAUAAAUUCAUUAAACUUUAAUUGAUUUUUGA